AUGGCGGCGGCGGCGGCCCGCGGGCGGGGGACGGGGACGCCCGGCGGUCGCGCCGGGGCCGGCAGCGGGCCGAGCACGCGCUCACGCGGGACGGAGGCGGGGCGCCGGGCCAGAGCCCGAACCCCUCCCCGCCACCGGGGAGACGCGCGCGGGGCCGCGGACGGCCAACGGCGAGCGGACGCCGGGGACCCGACCCACGCCCGGGGCACGCGCGCGCCAGGGCGGGGACGCGGCCGGCGGGGGUGGGGGGCGGCGGGAGACGACGGCGGCCCCUCGUCACCACACAACGCCACCGCCGGGGGGGCGGGGGCGAGCGGCGGACGCGGGCGGGAAGGCCGCAGCGGGCCCGGGAAGCGCCGGGCGCCCCGGGGAGCGCGGCACCGGGUCGGCAAGACGGACGACGGACGGGGGCGGGCUUUCGGGAAAGGCCGCGGACGGGAGACGCCCCGGCGGCCAGGGGCCAGCCAGGCGCCGGAGAACGGCGAGCGGGAGCGGUGGAGGAGAGGACCGCGGGCCACCGCGAGGGGCUUUCGGGAAGCCUCAGAAGGCACCUGGGAGGCCGAGGUCGGGCGCCCAGGGGCGCACGCGGGGUCCCACCGCCCGAGGCCUCCAGCGCAAGGGCGGUCCCGCGGCACCCGAGGACGCCGGCCCGGCCCCCACGGCGGGCCCCAAGCAACCUCGCGGGGCUCGGGGGCCCCAACCGCCACCGUUCACGCGACCGGUUCUCCCGAGAACGCUCUCCCGCACACGCGCAACGACGCCCAGCCCCAACACCCCCCGCGCGCCUCCCUCCUCCCCUUCCUCGGAGGACCGAGAGCACUUCGCCCGGGGACGGCCCCCCCCCGAGCCACGGCGGCCAAGGGGGGGGGGCAAGACACCCAACAGCGGCGAGGCCGGUUUCGGUCCACGGAGGGCGGAGCGGCGCUCCGGGGCCGACAGGGCUCGCGGGGCGGGGGGCGGGUCUCCGGCAAGGGACAGGCACAGGGCAACCCCGAGCGCUCGCGGCCGGUGCCCCCUCGAGGACGCCGCCUCCGCCUCGCCCGCGCACGGCGUGGUCACGUCACCGCCCAGAGGAGAGAGCUCCCCGCCUCCCGCGAGGGGCACGGGUGCGCCUCCCUUGCCGACUUCUUCCACCACCCGCUCCUCGGACACGCCGACGACGGCGGCGGCAGCCCGAGGGGAGUCGCCGGGGAAGGAAACGACGCCACCGCUCGGCCUCAGGCACCUGAGGCGACCUGGAGCGCUCCAGGGGCACCACGGAGGGCCGGGCGCAACGCGCUCAAGCGCGCCCAGGCCGGGCGGGCCUUCGGGAAAGGCCGGCGAGAGUGUCCGCCGCGUCCGAGGACCCCGGUCCCGCCAGCGCCGCGAGGCAAGAAGGCGGGAGGCCGGGGUCGGGCCGGAGUCCGCACCACCCCCAACCCCGGCGCGCGCCCCCCGCGCACCCGCCACGACGGCCGGGCGCGGAGGAGCCGGGGAGGGAGGGGCCCGCGGGCAGAACGAGAAGAGCGGUCGCAUCCGCCGUGGACGCCCGUCCCUCGUCUGACGCGGCUUAGGCCCGGCCCAGGAGAGCACGAGAUCACCACAUCGAUCGAUCGGCAGCAAGCUGCGGCCCCGAGGGGGCUUCCCGAGGAGCAAAAGCCCAGCGAGGACGGCGACCGGGGGGACCUGCUUCCGCCUCACCGGCAAGCCCCUCGACCCCCGGGGGGGGGGGGGGCAGGAGCGACCGGACAACCCCAGACACAGCGGGGGACGCCUGACACGCGGCACGGAGCCUUGCGAGACAGGGGUUGUCACGGCCAACGGCCGGGUGCCCACGGCAUGGAGCGCACGGGGGUAAAAGACCCACCGCCACCUGCCCACACCGCCCUCCCUCGGGUGCCGGAGACCGGAGGGCGACACCGCGACCCGGGCCACCUGGAGUCCAGCACGAGAGCCGGCGCGCAGGCCCAGGCGGACGGCUCAGGCUCCAGCGAGCGAGGACAGGGACCGGCUCGGCCGCGCGGUCAAGCCCGGAACCCCACCCGCGCCCAGAGGCCCACAUCUCUAAGGCGAGCGACGGACGGACCGGCUGUCUUUUACGUCUGCCUGUCGUCUGUCUGCCUGUCGCCGAAACACAACGUGUCAGCACCUACCUGGCAACAAAAAAUGUUCAUUUCGGGCAAGAAAAUAACCGCGCCUGCCGGCGGGGACCAGCCACAGGUCACCGCGACCUCCCGGGACCGUGACACGGCCAACUGUACCCAAAACCUGCCCCACGGCGCCCCCCCACCCCCACCCCACGGAGCCCCCAGGGCUAUCUGGUCGACCCAGGGAAACCGGGGGGGGGGGGGGGGGGGUGAGGAGGGGCGAUACGCGGUCGGUGGAGACGCCACGCCGCCACGCCGCCACGCCAGUGAUCUCCGGGAGGAGACUUUGAAAAAUCAUCAAAGUUCUCCGGAGGCAGGCACCGUGCGGAGGCCGUCCCCCGCGGCCCUCAGGACCGCCCCGUGCCUACCGCCGUCCCCAACCCCGGCUCGGGCCAGGGGAGGUGGAGGGCCACGCGCGGCAGAGGCAGCCUCACCGGGAAUCGCCACCGGGGCCGGACGCCCGAACGGACGGCCCGCCCACCCCCGCGUGGCACCCGGUCCGACCGCCCGGGACCCACCUCCGCAGCGGGCCUCGGAACAAGGGGAGAAAAUCGCGUCCGACGCCCGGGACCCCCACACGUGCCCGCAGCCGGGUCUGUCGCGCCACCCACGGGCUUCCCCUCCAGGCUCAGACCGGUCCCCGUCGCCAGGGCGUGACCACGGGAGACAACCGAGUGACACGGAAGGAAGGCCCGAAGAUCGCCCGGAGCCACAGGACGGACGGCGGGACACACCCUGUCCCCCGCCCCCGAGGCGGCCCAGGUCGGUCCGCGCGGGCGGAGGAGGAGCCACCGGCGGGUGCUGGUCGACCCACCCAGGCGGCCCGCACGGCCUCCUCCGGGAGCGAGGCGGAGGCGACAGCGGCGACAGCGGCGACGGCGACACUCCCUCGCAGCUCCGGAGGUCCAAUCUCCGGCGAGCGCAUCGCGCGCCGAGGCCCCGGCGACAGCCGGACGCUCGCGCCGGAGCCGCCCUCCUCCUGGAACUCGGCCCCGGGAAACCGACACCAAAGCUGUUCCUUGCCUGUCGCCGCCGAGCCUCCGGAGGGGACACGCUCUAUAAAAGCGGCCGCCAGGUGGCACCCGACAACCGGCGCGAACGACAGCGGGACAGAUCCGGGCGGCGAGGCCGUCAGGGCGCCUCGGAUCUCGCCUCUCGGCCCGGGGACGGCGGAGGGCCCCGGGAGCACACGGCCGCGCACCGCGCGAACCCCCGUCCUCCCGGGGCGGGGGAGCCUUGGAAAACCCGUCCGUCCGUCCGUCCGUCCGUCCGGGCCCGCUGCCGCCCGGAAAGGGGGUCGCGCUCGCCGCGCGGGGCUCCCGGGACGACUCAGGCACGUUUCCGAG